CUGAAAAUAACGAUAGAAGAAAGAGAGAGGGGCAUCUGAUCUGAUUUGAGGGCUUGCCACAUCGACUAGGUUCCACGACAAUGGCACUGAAUCUACCAUAUCAUUUGGAAGAGGAAAUUCUCGCCAGAGUUCCAUGGAAAUAUCUUGCAACGUUGAGAUGUGUAUGUAAGCUUUGGAAUAGUCUUAUUUUGGAGGAGAAUUUCAACAAGAAGAACUUGUCGUUUCACAUGCACAGCUAUAGCGGUGAACAUCGGUUUAUACUCACAGACCGUGGUCCUAAGAUUUCUGCCGUGGGCAUUGAGGAGCAGCAAAACAACGUGGACGAUCCUCCGUCUUUGAUCGUCCAAGACUUCACCCUUACAAAAGCCCGACCAUGCGUGGCAAUUAUGUUGUACAGGGCUGUUCAUUGCGAUGGUCUGUUGUUGUGUGUCAUGGAAAACCAGCUUCUAGUUUGGAACCCCUUACUGAAGGAAACGACUUGGAUCAAAUGCGGUAGUGACUUUCACCAACGAGAUGAUGCUUACAGCCUUGGAUACCUCAGCCACUGUGAUUACAGGAUCUUAAGGUUUCGGUGUGCUAGUAAUUCGAGAAAUAGACCUUCAAGGGUCGAGGUCUGUGAAGUUGCAUCUAAGACAUGGAAGGUUAUAGAUAGCAUCAGUUUUGAUUGGUUCCUUAGUGAGCCAUUGUCGAUCCUGUCUCUGAGAGGAACUCCUUAUUGUAUUGGUCUUCGAGAAAACCAUACAGCUUUCGUACAAAGCUAUGACUUUUACAAAGAGAGUUUUCAGCCCAUAGAUGACCUGCCAUUAAGCUAUGAUGAGAUGAACCCUAUUGCACUAGAGAUUUAUAAAGGAGAUAGGCUUUCAGUGUUGGAGCAAUGUCACAAAACAUGGAAGAUAUGCAUAUGGGUGAAGCAUUGGCUCAUGCUUACUUCUUGGACCAAAUUAUUGGUCGUGGACAUACCAGAGUUUCCGCUGUUAUAUCAACGACCAAAUUAUUCUACUAAUUAUUAUUUCGACAAAAACGAUAGACUCGUCAUAACUUGUAAACACAUUGGCAUGAAGGGACUGUCUAUUAUCAGAGUCGUCAACGACAAGGAUUUCCAAGUAAUUAAAGCUAAUGUAUCGGAAAUUCGUUUCCCUUUUUUAUGCAGCUACGUUCCAAGCUUGGUUAGGCUUUCAGGGUUUUGGAAGCAAGACAACAGUCGGAUUCGUUGGAGAAAACGUAGAUUCAGCUAGUUUGUGUUUAAGUAUAUAUAUUAUAUAAUAUAAUAUAUAUUUGUUCUUUUUUGAAAGAGCGUUGAAUUUAUUCAAUCAAAAAAAUACCUUUUACAAACUAAUGCAGUUUUCAUAAUAUUGUUUGUUUGUUAAAUGAUUUUAACAUUUUGCAACACUAUAAUCUUUAUCGUGACGAAUACAAAUGUUAGUCUCUUAAACAGAGAUGACAAUUGUAAACCUGGACUGCGGGCGAUAUAAACAGGCCGGGCCAAAUGCGGGUUGGGCAUGCGGGACAUCCAUGAGACCGCAACAGAGCUUCACUUUUGUCUCUUUCACCACCGGAGCUUCUGGCGCUUCUAUUCUCUUCGGUUUCCUCCAUGCUCUGCUCUGUGUCUUCUCCGCUAAAGUUCUCGCCGCUUCCUUCUCCUUCUGGAUAGGCAGUUUAAGCUUUAGAUUGUGUCCGGUGGUAUCUCUUUGUUUUCGAUCUGCGGCAGAGGCUGAACCGACAACAAAGUUGAGCAUGCAUGUACACAAAGACUUGUUCAAGGUCGUUUAGGGGUUACUAUUGAGAAAGAAGAUGAAAUGCAGAUGUGCCUUUCUUUAUUCAACAUUAUAUUUACGUUGGUGUCGGCAUAUGUAGAUGUGCCUUUAUUACUAGCACUUUACAAAACAGAAACGCUAUUCGACAUGAAGCCUUCACAAACACGGAGAGUGAGAAAGAAUUUGUACAGAUAGAUCCCAAUGACCUGUAUCCAGAGCAGUGGCUUGAGCUGUAGCAUGAGUCAUAUUGUAUUGUUCUUGUAUAAUGAUAUGUUUGUUGAUGUU